AAUUUUAGUAAGAUAGGCGAAAUGUAAAUAUUUCUUUAAGCCAAUUAAACCUAACGAAUGAUAACAAGGAACAUAAUAAAGUCACACCGAUAAGAAAUAUAGGAAUAUCCGUCGGCGUACAAGUUGCUCGUCCCCUUGCGACAGACUUGUACACGUUCAACUUUUGUUAAACACCAUUCAGACUGAUGAAUUGUUGACCAAUUCAAGAGUUCAAUUGUCAAGGACUUUUAAUAAAGUUCACAAUAAACUGUGAGAUCAAACGAUAAAUAAAUACAUAAAUAAAGUUAUAAUAGUGGAAAAAUGUGAUAUUGUGCGGUGUGUAAAGUGUAAUAUUUCAGAAACUUUAGAAGUUAUGUGUAGAAUUUGAUGCACAUUGGUUACGAUGACGACUAAAGUUCCGCCAGAUGGCGGAUAUGGAUGGGUGAUAACAUUUGCUUAUGCCCUAAAUAAUGUAGUGGUACUUCCCCUUGUCGCUGGCUUUGGUCUCGUAUUUCAAGAGGCGUUUGAGGAUACCGGGAUAACAGCAACCCAGGGUACAUUAAUAAUCACCCUCAACCAUGGUAUUGGAAUGCUACUUUCGUUCUUCGGAGGUCCAGUGCUUCGGAGAUGGGGUUACAGAAAAGUGGCCGUAUUUGGUGCCAUGAUGAUAUCUUUCGGACUUAUUUUAACGUCUAUGGCCAACAACUUCUGGGUCUUCUUACUCUCGUACAGUAUUAUUAAUUCAACGGGAGUAGCAGCGGUAAUGGCAGCUUUUACUUUAGCAAUAAACUCAUUUUUCAAAGUGAAAAGAGGUAGAGCGAUUGGUGUCGGCAUGUCUAUUACAGGUUUAGGUACAAUCCUAAUGCCAAUAGUAAUGAGCGCCCUCAUGUACUCCUACGGUUGGAGGUACGCUGUACUCAUUCUGGGAGGUCUUUGUUUCCAUUCUCUCUCAGCUGCUCUACUACUGAGACCAGCUAAAUGGUAUUUAAUAAAACCUCCAGUUUUAGAAGAAAUGAAACCAUUGAAUAAGGAUAAUCAAGAUGAGCUAAUCAAUGGUAGCGUUACGACUUCAUCGAAGCUUACAGAUUCUUUAUCUUUGCCAAAACGUGAAGAACUAAUAGAAAACGGAGUGCACACAAAAAGUUUGUCAAUGAGAUCUUUAAUGAACGCCAACAAUAUUCAGACGAGGAACGCAGUCUCGCAUCCAGAUAUAAGUAAAAAUCCACCAGAACCUCCGCUAUCGGAGUCCCGUUACAAGUGGUGGGAAUCUCAAGAGAUUAAUUUAGGAAGUUCUAUAAAUAUCUUCUACGAAGAAGACAAUAUCAAACAGCUUAAAGCGAAACAAAAUGAGAUUUACAUCAAUGAAGAUGAAAAGCCUAAAAAUAUCUGGACUAGAUUUAUUGAUUUUUUCGAUUUAACUUUAUUAAGUGAUCCUAUAUUUGUUAAUAUCAUGUUCGGUCUGUCGAUGGCCGCGUGUGUGGAAAUCAAUUUUUCCUUACUCUUGCCAAUAAUUCUGAAGGACAUGUUAAAAUUUGAGACGGCGGAUAUCGCAAAACUUAUGGCUGUGAUAGGUUUUUCUGAUACACUGUUUCGAUUUGUGUCUCCGUUUAUUGGUGAAUGGUGUCACAAACCUCCAAGAGUGAUGUAUUUAAUCAGCUUGCUUAUGAUCAUCUUCAUACGUAGCCUGAUGCUGGUUACUACAUCGUUCACGGGAAUGUUGUUUGUAUCCCUGGCUAUCGGAGUGACGAAGGGCAUCCGAACUGUAUACAUGAACAUCGUUAUCCCAAGCUACGUGCCCUUGGAACGGCUCCCCUUCGCCUCAGGCAUACAGAUGUUCUUCAAUGGAAUCGUCAUUAUUACCUUAGGAUCAUUGCUAGGUCGCAUGCGUGAGGCUUCAGGCACAUACAGGCUGCCUAUAAUCGUGUUAAACUUUGUUACAUUUGUGACUGUCGCCACGUGGAGUAUGGAAUUCUUGUAUUUUAGGUUAAGAAAGAAAACGUCCGAAGAAACUGUUGCUGCUUAAUCUUACUAAUAUUAUUUAAGUUUAAUUCUUAUUAUGUACGAGAAUAUCUUUCUUAAUUUUUACUUAGAUUUAAGAGGUUUGUAAAUAAAAUAAACGUUUAGGU